ACGUGGUUGUCGGCGUGAAACAGCAAGAGACAAGUCAGAAUUACCUGCAAUGACACCGAAGUUGACUAUAAUCUUAGCUGUAAAAUCCUCGGAUGACGGGAUGCUUGAAGAACAAUUUAAAUUUAAUUUUCUAAGCUUUGAAUUAUCAUGGAGAAGUUUUUGGUUAAAGAAUGAGUUGUUAGUUAGACAAAGUAUUCUUGUAUGUGUUUUAAGUCUUCAGCAUCCGCCAUUCAAUAUCUAAGCAUGAUCAUAUUACAACCCUGUGCGAUUGUUUGUAUAGUCGGAACUGUAUGUACGAGCAUGUAUGCAAAACUCAUCUUUAGCUUUGUAUAAUUAUUUAUUUGUUAUGAUUUUGUUGUUAGUACACGUUGACACUUUGACGGUAGCUUUUGUAAACAUCUCUACUGAACAAGAUUGUGUUUCAGUGUUUGAGUCAUAGAGUAUUUUCAAACUUUUAACACAUUGAAGUCAAUUAAAACAAUUGUUUGAAAGAGCACGGAGCCUGAAUAAAUAUUUUAAGCAUCUGGUAAAAUAAAAAGAGUUAACACACUGUGAGAAAAUAAACUCUUGAAUUAGUAUCCAAGAGAUUAAAGAUAAGGUAAAAAUCAGCAGUCAAAGUGUUAAUAUUAUUAUACUUUAAUUAUUGGGUUCUUUAGAUCAAAAUUGUAUGGUCAACAAAAUAUCUAUAGUAAAAAUUACAAAUAAAAACAGUGUGUUGUACAAUAAAAUCAGUACCAAACUGACACCAAACUAUUUCAUUAAAAUGUUAAGUAUUUCAAUACUUUAUUUUUCUUUAAUGUGAGUUUUGCAUCUGUAUUCCUCAUACAUACCACCAACUUAUAAGAUGCAAAAACAAAAGCCACUAAUAGUUCUAACUACCAAAUUACGAGGGAAAUUCAUAUUGUCCCGGUAACACGUGGAACGACGGGCACGAUGAUCGCUGAACGAGCGCGGAAUAACAACUAACUUAUAUUCACCUCUUCCAAAGACUCGCAUACCGUGUAAGUAAGAAAGAAAUCAGCGUGCAUAUCGGUCUGUCGCAAUACCGCCAGUGAAAGUAAAAAAGAUCGAUCUCCGGUAACGAGAGGCGCGAGUCGUUUGAAAAAACUAUGCUGUCUCUGAUACCCCUAUGAAUAAUAAUUUGUGAUCGAUUACAAUGUAUUCCGUGCACGAAAUCGUCACUCAACCCGAGGACAUAAAGGUGGGUGAACACGAUGAACGGAGUAUUGCUUUCCACCAGUUCCUACCCGGAACGUCGAACAACAAAACUAGAAUGCGCGUUAAUCAGGCGUUGAUAUUAAUCUUCGCGCUGUGCAUAAUCGUCGAGUGCGGCGGUACAGUUUCGACUCGCGUGACCAGGACCAUUCCCUUCAAUUUGUUCCCGUCGAGAUGGUCGAGCACGCUCAGAAACUUGUGGUCCAGUGGACGAUUAUGGGAUUUGCCACGAAACAGCGCAGAAUAUUUCCUAAGGCUGGUAGCAGCUCCUGACACCAGGAAGAAGAUGAUGUUCGAGUUCAGACCCGACGACGGACCUCGUGCCUCGUACGCUUAUCAAAGCCGCUAUGGUUAUCGCGGACAGUGGCUGAUCGAGUUACUCGGUUCCGGUUUUCAUCCUGACAGUGUACCUUUUCGACAACCCGUACCACUUUCUAUGUUGGUUCCCCCAGCGCCUCCUCGGUGAUAACACAAUGUUCGAUAUA